CAGAGAGACAGACAGACAAACAGAGAGAGACAGACAGACAGAGACAGAGAGAGAGAGACAGAGAGACAGACAGACAAACAGAGAGAGACAGACAGACAGAGACAGAGAGAGAGACACAGAGAGACAGACAGACAGAGACAGACAGACAGACAGACAGACAGACAGACAGACAGACAGACAGACAGACAGACAGACAGACAGACAGACAGACAGACAGACAGACAGCAUGUCUCCCUCCCAGUCCUCACUACUACUGCUACUGCUGAUGGUCUCCUGCUCCUGGGCCUCCCACUUUUUAGGAGGAACCAUGACCUUCAACCCCAGAGGGACCAACCCAGACGGAACCUACAGGGUGGACCUCCGUUACAAGGCAGCCCUUCUGUCUCGCGGCUGUUUUUCUGAUACCUGGUCUUGUAUCAGUGGGGACUGUGGGAAUGAGAUCAGUUUAGUGGUUAACACAGUGGACCAGGCGAUAUCUGAGGUCUGGUGUCAGACAGAGGGAGUCAUGACUAGACACGUCUCCAAUAACACAAAGACCUUUGAUCUGCUAUUGGUUGGCGGAAACUGGAUAAACAAUGAUAAUUCUGUUGUUCUUUGGAGGCUGUGGACUCAUGUGGAUCUUGGGGUCAGAUCUGACACGAAGACAGUCAACCGAUCUCCACAGACCACUAUCGUACCUCUGAUGCGUGUCCCUGCUAAUUGUCCAAGAGAUUUCAACCUGUUGUCGUUUGAUCCAGACGGGGAUGAGGUCAGGUGCAGAUAUGCUGUACCAACGGAUGAGUGUGUCACUUCAAGUGACCUUCCUAAUGACUUCACUCUACGAGAGAACUGCACCUUGUCAUUUUGGGGCAACAGUAAUACCACUGGAACAUAUGCAGUUCAGUUAGUGAUGGAGGAUUUCCCGACUCAGUCCAUCUCUCUCUCCUAUACUGACGGAUCUCAAUCUAUCAGGACCUCAAACAACACACUCUGCAAACUACCUGUUCAGUUUGCAGUGAGAGUGGACCCCCCAGUGACAUCCUGUAUGGAGGGGUUGUACCUACCCAUGUUCCUGUCUCCAACACCAGCCCAGGGUGCACUGCUCUACGCCUCUGCAGACCAACCCCUGGAAAUCACUGUCAGAGCACAGGCUACCCAGUCCACGGUUUCAGAGCUGUUGGUGAGUGGACCUUCCAGUAUCACAGAGAACACCACUGUCCCAGGAGAGUACCUUCUAAGAUGGACGCCCACUGAGGAUGAGGAGGGAGGGUACUAUCCUGUGUGCUUCAUCGCUCAGGGAGUGAACGACAGUUCCAUGUAUCACUCUGAGCUGCGCUGUCUGAUCGUCAGGGUUGGAAACACAAGUGCCAUCAGAACCACAGAGGAACCAACACCCUCCCCUCCUCUGACAAUAAACCUCACAACCACAGAGGAACCAACACCCUCCCCUCCUCUGACAAUAAACCUCACAACCACAGAGGAACCAACAACCUCUCCUCCUCUAACAACAAACCUCACGACCACACAGAUUGCACCUGCACUUCCAAAUACCACCCAAACAACUACUGAACUCACAACCACACCCACAAAUGUCAGUACGUACGCUCCCACAACUACCACAGCUCCCACAACUACCACAGCACCCACAACUUUAAGUACACACCCAACCACCCGUCUCACAACCCAUAUUGUGGACGGUACAACAACGAGCAGUGGGCCUAGAUACGUUGCUGUACUGAGGAUAAAACUGUCCUCUCUGAACCCACUGACAGAUGAUUACAUCAGAAACGUGGUUUUACAACAGCUCCGCGAGGAACUGAUCAGACAAGGGCUGCCAGGGGACUUCGCGCUACGCCUGAGAGCCACUCAUGGGAUCAGUUCCUGAGGGAGGAACAGGAAUUCAUUCUUCACUCCUACUUGUCUUGUCUUCCUGGUUCUGAUUCUGCAGAAAGUUCUUCUGAAGAAGAAGUGGUUCCUUAUAAUGACAGAAUAUGGUUGAUUUGUACUAAUCUCUUGAAGAAGAAGUGGUUGAAUGACUGUAAAUGUUUUAUGUCUAGAAGAAGAAAUAGAACAUAAAUAUGAUUGGUAACAGAGUUAGACUGGGGUUCUUUCCUGUUUGGUAAUGUACAGAGGUAGACUGGGGUUCUUUCCUGUUUGGUAAUGUACAGAGGUAGACUGGGGUUCUUUCCUGUUUGGUAAUGUACAGAGGUAGACUGGGGUUCUUUCCUGUUUGGUAAUGUACAGAGGUAGACUGAGGUUCUUUCCUGUUUGGUAAUGUACAGAGGUAGACUGAGGUUCUUUCCUGUUUGGUAAUGUACAGAGGUAGACUGAGGUUCUUUCCUGUUUGGUAACGUACAGAGGUAGACUGGGGUUCUUUCCUGUUUGGUAAUGUACAGAGGUAGACUGGGGUUCUUUCCUGUUUGGUAAUGUACAGAGGUAGACUGGGGUUCUUUCCUGUUUGGUAAUGUACAGAGGUAGACUGAGGGUCUUUACUGUGUCAAGAAUAGUUGGUUGAGGCUCCGUUUUCUGUGACAUUUUAGUGACAGAGGACACAGGUAGGGGGAACCCACUUGUAAACACCCACACACACACUCAGGAAGACGUUUCACUUUCACUCACACAUGGAGCAUAAAGAAGAAUGAACAAUGAGGUUGAAUUGACAUUGACGAAAGAGAAGAAAUGAAUUGACUGACUAAAGAGAAGAAGAAAUUAAUUGACAUUGACUAAAGAGAAGAAGAAAUGAAUUGACACUGACGAAAGAGAAGAAGAAAUGAAUUGACAUUGACUAAAGAGAAGAAGAAAUGAAUUGACAUUGACUAAAGAGAAGAAGAAAUUAAUUGACACUGACGAAAGAGAAGAAGAAAUGAAUUGACAUUGACUAAAGAGAAGAAGAAAUGAAUUGACAUUGACGAAAGAGAAGAAGAAAUGAAUUGACAUUGACUAAAGAGAAGAAGAAAUGAAUUGACACUGACGAAAGAGAAGAAGAAAUGAAUUGACAUUGACGAAAGAGAAGAAGAAAUGAAUUGACACUGACGAAAGAGAAGAAGAAAUGAAUUGGGAAUUGAUUGAAAUCCUAAUUAAAGGUUAAACAUAUUAAAUGUUAAAGGUUGAAAACAUUGGGAGAUAUUAAAGGUGUUAAAAUAAUGCAGGUGAGGAGAGUUAUAAUGUAGUUUUAAGUUGUGAAUCAUAUAGACUGUGUUUCAUUCUGCUUAUUAGAGGACAACGCCUUAGGAGGUUGAUAACGAGACAUUAUAAUGGUCAAAUGUUAUCAUGUUUAAAAUAUUGAAUUAUUAAGAUAUAACUGGAGUAAUAAAUUAGGUUGUAGUAAGAUUAGAAUUGAGUAAAGGUAGUUUGAAAAAUGUAUGUUUGUUCUAGAACAUUCUAGGAGGAAUCCUUAAGGUUACCUCAUUGAUAGAAGUGUUCUAGAACAUUCUAGGAGGAAUCCUUUAGGUUACCUCAUUGGUAGAAGUGUUCUAGAACAUUCUAGGAGGAAUCCUUUAGGUUACCUCAUUGGUAGAAGUGUUCUAGAACAUUCUAGGAGGAAUCCUUUAGGUUACCUCAUUGGUAGAAGUGUUCUAGUAGCUGUUAGUUUUUUAGACACCAACUGAGGAACUGAGCAUCCCGAGGGGGGAGACAAAAAUCUGUUUAUAAGUUGUAGAAGGUAAGAACAUAUUUUUCUUGUUAAUAAAUACAGUGCUUCUCAUGAAAUUGUGAAAAAAUAUAUAUAAUAUUGGUACACCCUAAUAAGGGUUUAGUUAAGGGUUUAGUUAAGGGCGCUCAAUUUAAUCCAAGGAAAUGUUUUGCUUAUCAUCGAUUGGUGAUAUUGAUUUGUGAUUGGUUGAUCGAGGGUUUUUUAUGCCUGUUUCUGUCAUUUUGAAUAAACUUGCUUUAUUGUUCUGAAA